GUAAACAUUGACAUGUGGAAUGACCUGCAGAUUUAUAGUUCGUAUAUGCAUACAAGAAGAUUAUUGUGUGUACGGCUCAUAUGAGUAAAUAUUGACAUUACUUAUGAUAACGCAUAUGUAAUACUGAGUAUUUUUAAUCCGUGCAGACGCUUAAGCUAGAACAAAUUCAUUCAACAAAUGGCUGCGGAAGACGCAGUGGGACAAGUAGUGUCUGACAAUGGAAAUCCGCCAUGUCCACGAACGCUGGUGAAAAUAUUCUAUCAUCUUCAGGAAGAGAGAGUGCAGACCUACCAGCUGUUUGAAGAAGGUUUUCAGGCAUAUCUGAACGGCUCACCAAACUACAACUUUAACUUGUAUAGACAACUAGUGCACGAAAUCACAGAAACGUUCAACAAAAUAUCACAGGAUAUCAUCUCCAUUAUACAACAGCUGGACACUGUCCACCACCGUGUCCCACUGGCCGGUCUGCUCCGCAAGGUACAGGAGGUCGAGCAGGUCAAACUGGAGAACACGGCCAAGCUACAGAUGACACGCCAGAACCUAGUGGAUCAACCUACAGAUGAGAAACACAAAAUACAGGACACCGAACUCAAGCAAAG